UGACAGUUCUCUACAAGUGAACAUGACGAGAAAAAAUGCGACAGCAGUCUAUUUCACGGGGGAAUUAGAGAACGAAUUACAAGAGCGUGACCUUCAAGUGUUCUUUAAUAACACCAGGACCAAGGAAGAAGUCAUGAAAGAAAUUGACUGUCUGCGGAAAAGAGAACUUUACGAGCAUAAAGAGGAGGACUGUUCACCUUUGUGCAAGAGCAAAGGUUGCAGCAAUCUGCGAGUGAUUGACAGCUGCUGGAAAGUGUGCAUGUGCCACUGCAUGUUUGCUGUUCCAAUGGAAGUUGAUGGUUAUCCAUUAUUAACAUUUCCCAACGUAUGCACUGUAGAGCCAAAGGCGGGGUCAGUGUUUUGUGAUGAACACCACCAGCUCUUGGAAAAACACCAAAUUCCAACCAAAAAAGAGGAUUUUCUAAAAUUCCUAGGAUGUGCAGUUCACCCAAAGUCUGCCAAUGACAUCAGAAAGGUUGAUGAAAAGCUGCUGGAAUUUGCAUCCCAAUUAUAUGAAAGUGAUUCAACUGGGAAGGCACUGGGAUUAUCAGCAUUGAAUUACCAAGGAACAGAUGAAAUAGUUGCAAGCAUGAGUGUCAAUUCCUGGGAAGACAAUGCAAAGAAAGACGAAGCAUGCAACAAAGACACUGGGGAGAAAGCACGUCUUCGUCAGAGAUCUAGAGGGCAUUUUCUGUGCGUUACUGGGGGAGGACACAUUACUUACUUUGACCCAAUUUUCAAGUCUGAGAGUCCCUCACAGAUCUUCAUGCAGGUAGUGCGCCUAAUGUACUUAGAACUGAAAGACGUUCCAGAAGAGGAUCUAGAGGAAGCAAUGGAGAACUACAUUCUGUGCUAUGACAAUAUGUGUCAACUAGACUCCUUAAAAGCAGCAAAAGAGGACUUGCCCUUGCCUCCCCCAUUUCACACGAUGUGGAGAAACAUCACAAAAAUUAUUGACAGACUACAUUUGGCCAACCAUAAAAAUCCAAAGUGUAAAGAAUCGUACAGUGCUGACCAAGCCCUCCCUCCUGGUUACAACACCAUGGUUGCAGAACAAACAUUUUCUUGGUUUUCCCGCUUCAAGAAAAUAGCAAAUUCCAUGUCCCAGACCCAUCAUUUGUUCUUUAUCCAUAGGAACAUUAAACGUCGAAAUGCCUACACCGCAAAGUGCAGAAGGAAAGGCAAGGAACCUGUCCUCCCAGGAAUCAAUUCCAAACUCCUGACAAAACUUUCGUAG